AUGGCCCCUGGAAUCACCACAGAAGAGUCCACAGUCACAAUCAGGCCCGCGAAGACUGAUAAUCCUAUCUUGUAUAAUGAUGUCAAUCAACAAGAACUUCAAGCCAAAGCAGCAAAGUACCUCCUCAACUAUGGAACCAAAUUCAACAAAGACGUGAUCUGUGGCAGCAGAGGGCUCUACGUGUACACAGCCUCCGGACAGAAAGUGUUGGACUUCACAUCCGGCCAAAUGUCCUGCCUGCUCGGCCACGGGCACCCAGAAAUCGUACAGACAAUCACCGACCACGCAGCCUCCCUAGACCACCUCUUCUCAGGAAUGGUAUCACCUCCAGUGAUCAGCCUAGGCGAACGUCUCUGCGACCUGCUGCCACCCGGCCUCGACAAAGCCUUCUUCCUCUCCACCGGCGGCGAGAGCAACGAAGCAGCGAUAAAGAUGGCUAAGGUAUACACCGGAAAGUUCGAGAUCGUCGGACUAGGCGGUAGUUGGCAUGGCGUGACCGCGCAAGCACUGGGCACACAAUACCACUUCGGUCGCAGAGGUCAAGGUCCCCUGAUGCCGGGAAUGCUGAUGCUCCCACCGCCCAACGCAUACCGCUCCAUCUUUCGCAACGCCGACGGAUCCUACGACUGGCAAGCCGAGAUGGAAUACGGCUGGCGCAUGAUCGAUAUGCAAUCGUGCGGAUCGCUGGCGGCUUGUAUCGUGGAGUGUAUCCAGUCGUCGGCUGGCAUGCAUGUCCUACCACCGGGGUACCUCAAGGCUCUAAAGCGGGAGUGCGAGAAGCGUGGAAUGCUUUUGAUCGUCGACGAAGCGCAGACGGGAAUCGGCCGGUGCGGCGAUCUUGUUGCUAUCAACCACGAGGAAGUCGUUCCUGAUAUCCUCACCCUUAGCAAGACGCUAGGGAAUGGCCUGCCGCUCAGCGCUGUCGUUACGAGUGCUGAGAUCGAGCGCGUGUGCGUCGAGCGGGACUUCUGCUUCUACACGACCCAUGUUAAUGAUCCACUGCCUACUGCUGUGGGCGAUAAAGUUCUUGAGAUUGUGGUGCGUGAUAGGCUGGUUGAGCACUCUCGUGCUAUGGGGAAGGUACUCCAUGAGCGGCUAAAUGUACUGAAGGACAAGUACGGCUGUAUCGGAGAUGUCCGUGGGCGCGGACUUAUGGCAGGGGUUGAGAUUGUUGAGGACCGUCAGACCAAGAACCCUGCGCUGGCUUUGGGUAAGGCGAUUGGGGAUCGGGCUUAUGAGUUAGGCUUGUGGGCCAAUCUCAGUAGCCAUCCUAGCUUUGGGGGUGCCUUUCGCAUCGCCCCGCCAAUCACUAUCACUGAGGACCAGCUGCUUAGAGGUUUGGAGAUAUUGGAAGAGGCAUUUGCAACCACCCCUGGGACUAUGCCUGUGUGA